AUGUCCCUUUUCUCUCUAUCCCUGGGGUCAUUGAGCUUGCGCGAAUGUUUGGUAGCGUCUCACCGCUUUAGAAUCAUCCACCUCUUUUUUUUUCCCCGUGCAAACCGCCCGCCCCCCCUUCUUUUCACCUCCAACUCUCGCUUCCUGCCGCCGUCCGUCCGUGGAACGUCCAUUACCAUCGACCUGCCGUCCGGGUUACCGGACACGAAGACGGCGACCCUAGAAGCUCGCGCCGCCGAGGCUGCCACGGAAGCAAGAGCAAGAGAAGAACACAUCCUCGCAGCCAAGGCCACACUCGAGCAGCACCUUCAAGCCCGCGAAGCGGAGGCGGACAGACGAGCCGCCGAGCUGGCGUCCGAAAAGGCAGCGCUGGAAGCCGCCGCCGACGCCCAGGGGCACCAGAGCGAGCGCCUCCUGGAAACCCUUCGGCGGGAGGCGUCCACCUCCGGAGAGCGGCUCGCGGCGGCGACGUCUGACCUUGCGGCCGCCGAGGUCCUCGUCGACGCCCUCCGGGGUAAGCUCGCCGCCGCCGACGGCCGCGCGGCAGAACUCCUGGCCUCCGCCGAGGCCGACCGCACUGACUCGGAGGCGUCCCGGGAGGCCGAGGCGGGGGCCGCCGCCCUGGCGGAGAGGCUCGGGCGCGCGGCGGCGGCGGCUAACGCGGCUGCCGCGGAGGCGGGUCGGGAGCGGGAUGAGGCCCGGGACGAGCUGCGGGCGGCCGUGGAGGCGUGCGAGGCUCUGGAGGGGGAGCUUGGAGCGGAGCGGGAGGGCCGAGUGGAGGCGUCCGGGAGGGUGGCGGAGCUUGAGGCGGAACUGGCGGACGCCGGGGGCAGGGCGGAGGAGGAGGCCCAGGCAGCGGCAUCCGAAGCAGAGGCUGCCGCCCGCGCGAACGCUGAAGCAGCAGCGGCGGCGGCGGCGGCGGCGGCUGCGGCCGCGAGAGAGAGAGAAGAGGAGCUCACCCACCGCCUGGACGGAGCCCUCCACGCCCUCGACGAGGCUGAGAUGCGCCUGGUUGAGAUGCGGCAGUGGGAGGAGGCAGAGGCGGCGUGGGCAAGAGAUAGGGAGGCGUCGAGGAGGAGGGAGGAGGGGCUCGGGGCGGCGAGGGAGGAUGCGGAGGCGGCGAGGGAACGGGCGGAGGUACGGGCGGAGGAGGCGGUGUCGGAGCUGAGGAAGCGGGACGGCGAGAAACAGGCUAUCGACCUGCGGCUCCGUGAGGCGGAGAGAGAGCUCGCCGCGGCGCGGCGGCUGCUUCGCGAGGCCGGUGCGGAGCGUGAGCUCUUGCACGGCAGGCUGGAGGAGGGUCGCCAGGAGAUGGAAGAGUGGCUCCAAGGUUGCGCUCAGGAGGAGGGAGGGCUACCGGGGCACCCGCAGUACUUGGCGGGCAUCGCCAAGGGCAGGGAGGCCCUCCUGCAGGAGCGGGAGCUGAGGGAGGCCGCAGAGUCUCUCCACGCGCAGCUCAGGGCCGCCAUGGACGAGCAGCUGGAGCUCGAUGCCGAAGCCCUGGAACGGAUGGACGGGUUGACCCGACAGGCCAGGAAGGAGCAAGAGGGAAUCACACGCGAAAAGGACCGGCUGCAGGGUUGCGUGGUAGAGCUUGAGCGAGGCAAGAGAGAGACCGAGGGCGCCCUGUCUGUCGCCCAGGAAGAGCUCGAAGAGGCCUGUCGAGACCUCGAGGACGCCUCCCGCCGCCUCGCCCGCUCCCGCCGCGACCACGGGGCCGCCACGGAACGCCUCGAGGAAACCCGCCAGGCGCUGGCGGCGGCGAGGGCGAAGCUGGCGGAGGCCGAGCGGGCGCUGAGCAAGACAACCGAGGAGCUGGUGGCUACCACGGAGGAGCUCGAGUCGACGAGGAGGGAGCUGGGAGGGGCGGAAGAGGAGCUGGUGGUCCUCCGGGAGGAGCUCCACGCCGCCGCCGCGGUGGGGGGGGAGGGUGGUGGCCACGCUGCCGCCAACGACGACGACGUUGACGACGAGAGCCUUGCGGGUUCUGGACGGAAGCAGCAGCGCACCCUGGCGGCAGGCGAGGGGCCGGCUGCUGCUGCUGCUGCGGUGGCGGGCGUUGGCCGCCCUGAGCAACCCGAGCAGAGGUUGCCGCAGGAGGUGGGGGGCACGCUAGUGGGCGCGGUGGAGCGGGCGUUGCUCGUGGAGGCGGCGUCCGAAGCCCGGGCGGAGGUCGAGGCACUGCGCGGCAAGGUCCGCGGGCUGGAGCUCGAGGCGGCGGAAUCGCGGCGUAGCCUCGCCGAAGCCAACCGUCAGCUCGCUUCCCUGGUUGCGGUGGCUCGAGCGGAGGGCGGUGGGGAACGGGCGACGGUGGCGGGUUCUAGCGGGACCGAGGAGGCGGUGCAGCUGCCGCUGCGGCAGGGCGGUAACCUGUCGGAUGGCGGCGAAACGGGCGAGGUUCGGGAGCUCCGGCGGCAGGUGGAGCGGGCCGAUCGGCUCAGAAACGCCUCCGAGGAUAAGGCGGCGAGCCUCCUGCGGAGGCUGGCCCAGGUCAAGGCGGAAGCGGACCUUGUUGUGCUUGAGGCCGAGCGCGCAGAGGAGCUUAAGGAGGUCUUCAACGACGACCCGGGGGUGCGUAGCCGGGUUGAGCAGGAGCUGAGGAGGGCGAUGGGGUCGAAGGACCGCCUAGAGGAGCGACUCGCCUGCUCGGAAGCAGCUCUCGUCGUAGCGGAGGAAAAGUUGGCUGCGGAGAGGGCCGAGCACGCCGAUGCUCUGGUGGAAACCAAGCAGUCCCUCGAUCGGGAGCUCAGGGAGCAGCGGGAGGCCGCACAGGCCGAGGCUACUUGUCUCGAGUCGAGGGCAUCGCAGGCAGAGGGUACGUCGGAGGAGUUGCGAGAGCGGCUAGAAGAGGCCCUGCGGCAAGCGGAGAGCGCGGAGGCCGACACGGAGACCGCCAAAUCGUCGGUUGCUGAGGCUCAGGCGGCGCUCGAGGAGUCGAAGGAGAACUUGCGGUCGUCUGAGGCGGAACGCUCGGCCUUGUCCCGGAGGAAGGAGUUGCUGGAGAGCAAGGUGGCUGAGCUGGAGGAACAAGUGGGCGAGGAAUCCGGCCUCGAACUCCGCGCCGCCGGCGAGACCUCGCAACGCCUCCACCUGGAGGGCCUCCUCGAAGAGUCCCGCGCCCAUGCCGACCGCUCCGCCGCCGCCGCGGCCGCAGCCGCCCUAGCUGAGCGGGAGGCCGGGAACCGCCUGGGCCGGGAGCUCCGGCUUCGCGAGACCGCCGAGGCUGCCGCCGCCGCGGCAGAAGAGCGGGCUGUGGAGUCCGGGACCGUCAUCGCCGGGCUUCGGGAGGAGGCCGCCGAGCUGGGAGUUCGGGUGAGGGAGGCGUGCGAGCGAGAGGAAGGGCUGCGGGGUCUCCUGGAGACGGCGAAGGCGGGGGGAGCAGCCGCGCGGGCGGAGGCGGAGGCGGCGAGGCAGGAGCUGGUGGCGGCGAGGGGGGAGCUGGUGGAGGGGAGGAGGCGCGCCGAGGACGCGGAGGCUAGUGUCAGGGAGCUGCAGGCUAAGGCUUCUUCUCUCGAGCGAGAGGCCGCGGGUGCUAGGGAGCGGGAGGAGCUAGCUCGGGAAGAGCUGUCCGCUGCACGAGCCAAGACCGCCGAGGCGGAAGACGCGGUGAGGCUCGCUUCCAGGGAGGCCGAAGACAACGAACGGUCGUUGCAGACUCAGUUGCAGGCGAGCGAGACCCAUGUCGCCGAGCUGGAAGCGAGAGCCUCCUCCCUCGCCGCCGCGAACGCCCGCCUGCACCGGUCCCACGACGCCCUCCUCGCCGACGCCUUCCACGCGGAGGACCUCCUGUGCGCCGCGGCGGAGAGGGUGCGGCGCUCAAGAGGAGCCGUGUUCCCAGUCGCCGCAACCCCCGCCGCCGCCGCCGCCGCCGCCGCCGCUCCCCCGCUCGUGGGGCGGAGGACAGGGGGACGACCAGGAGACUUGCUGCCAGAAGCGCCGGCUCUCGGGGAGGAGGGAGUCGGGUCCCCCGGUUCGGUGUCCGCCUCCCAGGCGGAUGAUGAUGGAAACCCGAGCGGAGGAGGCGUUGUCGACGGCUCCGCGGGCGUCGCCGGGGGUGCCCAGGACGGCCUUCCGCCUCCCCGAACUUUGUUCCCGGAGGGCUCCGGUAUCGGCAGCGGCGACGGCGGUGGCGGCAGCGGUGUCGGGCGCAGUGCCGAGUUCGCCGGCGGCGGGGGCGAGUGGCGGCUCGGGGAGCGGGGGCCCAAUCGUCCUCGGGUGCAGUCGUAUUCGCACCCGUUGUCGGCCUCUGUUCCACGGCUGCUGCGGCGUGGCGACGGCAUGCUGAGGUCCUCUGUGCCGCAGAGGGGGGCGUGGGAGGAAGAGGAGGUGGGUGGGUGGGAGGCGGGGGAGCGGGGAAGGGAUCUCGUGGCGGUGUCGGCGGCGGCGAUGGACGUGCUGAGGGAGCUGGAGCGCAUGCAUGCGGCCGCGUGGGAGCGGGAGCAGGCCGAGCGGACUCUGCUGGCAAGGCUGGAGGAUCAGGCUGACGGUCUGAGAAUCGCAGACGAGGCCAGGGAGACCCACGAGGGGGCGGCGCGCGCGGCGGUGGCGGAGGCGGAUCGUCUGAUGGUCAAGAUCGAAGGCCUAGAGAAAGAGAACAGGGCGAACGCCGAACAGCUCGCCCAAGAGCAGGCCGCGGCGACGGAGCUGAGAAGACGUGUAGACGCCGCAGAACCGCUCGUCGAGGAGCUCAGGGCUAAGGGCGCGGAGGCAAGCGCGACGGCGGAGAGCUUGCGGGACAAGCUCAACGCCUCCGUCACCAAAGCGGAAGCCCUAGCGGCGGAGCUUCACGAGAGCCAGAAGGCGGUGGCCGCUAGGGACGAGCUCUUGAGGGAGGAGAGGGAGGCCGCGGGCGAGCUGAGGGAGCGCCUGGCUAGGGCCAGGGGCGAGGGCGAGGGGGAGGCCAGGCGCGCGGCCGAGGCGGAGGCGCUCGCCGCGUCCCAGGGAGUGGCUGUCACCCGUCUUCGUGAAGAACUGGAAACCAGCAACGCAAGGGUCGAAGACGCCCUCGAGGCGUUGGAGGAGAGCCGUGCUAGUGCCGCCGACAAGGCCCACGAUGAGACGCUGCUGAAGGAGGAAGGGGACGACCUCCGCUCGCGGCUGAGAGAUCUCGAAGGCUCUCUGAGGGAACAGUCCGCGCGCACGGCUACCCUGGAAGACAGCCGCGCCACCCAGGAACGCCUCCUGAGGGACAAGGAGGAAACCCUGGAGACCGUGUACGGCGAGGCGGAAAGCCUGCGCCGGCGGCUGGACGCGGAGUCGAGCAGGUUCGCGGAGGCGCGGGAGGCGUUUGCGGCGGAGGCGGCAGCGGCGGCGGCGGCGGCGGCGGCGAGCGCGGAGGAGGCUCGGGCCGAGGCGGCCAGGGCCGGGGCGGUCGAGUCUCAGGAAGCGUCGGCCCGGCUCGGGCACGCCACCGCGGAGAUCGAAACCCUUAAGGAGAGCCUCGCGGAGGCCGUCGCCGCGUCGAGGAGGGAGCGGGAGCAAGGGGAGGAGCUCGCCGUAACGGUGGCCACGCUGGAAUCGCAGCUCGAAGCCGCUUGGCGCGGGAAGGCGGACACGGAGGCAAGACUCGAGGAGGCGGAACAAGGCCGGGAGGGGCUGUCGAGAGACUGCGCCGCCCUCCGAGCGCUGGGAGAGGGGCUCGAGGCGGACAAGUCCGCACUGCUGGGGAAGGUUUCUGCGCUAGAAGCGCAGUCGGAAGAAGAGCGUGCCAGGUCCGAGACCCUCCGAGCGUCUCUCGACACCACGGCUGCGGAGGCGUCUUCCGCGCGGGAAGCGCUGGCGGAGGCGAGGGCAGGGGUUGCCCUCACGAGGGAGGCGUUGAACCAGGCACAGUCAUCCCUGGACGCGGAACGCGCGAGCUUGGCGUCCGCGAGGGAUGACCUCGCGACCACCCGAGAACGCCUCCGCCGUUCCCAGGAAGACGACCUCGCCUCGGCCUCCGAAGGACUCCGGCUCGCGACCUGUGACCUCGACGCCGCCCGCCUGGAGGUGGCGGCCCUGACGGCCUCUAGAGACGCCCUGGAAGCCCGGCUGUCGGAGGAGCGGGAGAGGCGUCGCGAGGCCGACGCGGCGGCGGAAGACGGGCUCAACGCCUCCGUCGCCGAAGCGGAGACCCUGGCGGCGGAGCUGCACGAGAGCGAGAAGGCGGUGGCCGAGAGGGACGAGCUCUUGAGGGAGGCCAGAGAGGCAGCCGAAGCGGCACGAACGGCUGCUGAUGAGGCCAAGAGAGACGUGGUGCAGAGAGCGACGGAGGUGGCAGAGAGAGAGGCUGAGGUGGACAGGCUGGACGCCGCGAUGGUGGAGACGGCAACGCGGGCGCGCGAAGCCGAGGAGGACGCAGCGGGGCAGAUAGAAAUCUUGCGAGGAAAGCUGGACGCCUCCGUCGCCGAAGUGGAAACCCUGGCGGCGGAGCUGCACGAGAGCAAGCAGGCGGUGGCCGAGAAAAGCGAUCUGUUGACGGAGGCGAGAGAGGCUGCCGAAGCGGCUCGAGCGGCUGCAGAAGAGGCCAAGAGAGAUGCGGCAAGGAGAGCGACAGAGGCGGCAGAGAGAGCGGCUGAGGCGGACAGGCUGGAAGCCGCCCUGGCGGAGAGGACGUUGCAGGCGCUGGUAGCCGAGGAAGAGGCCGCGCGGCAACUGGAACUUUUGCGAGAAAAGCUGGACGCCUCCGUCGCCGAAGUGGAAACCCUGGCGGCGGAGCUGCACGAGAGUAAGCAGGCGGCAGCUGAGAAUAGCGAUCUGUUGAGGGAAGCGAGAGAGGCCGCCGAAGCGACUCGAACGGCUGCUGAAGAGGCCGAGAGAGAUGCAGUAAGGAGAGUGACAGAGGCGGCCGAGAGAGCGGCCGAGGCGGCCGAGAAAGCGGCGACGGACAAGCUGGAAGCCGCGCUGGCGGAGAGAACGUCGCGGGCGCUCGAAGCCGAGGAAGACGCCGCGCGGCAUCUGGAAAUCUUGCGAGGACAGCUGGACGCCUCUGUCGCCGAAGCAGAAACCCUGGCGGUGGAGCUGCGCGAGAGUAAGCAGGCCGUGGCCGAGAGAAGCGAUCUGUUGACAGAGGCGAGAGAGACUGCCGAGGCGGCUCGAGCGGCUGGAGAAGAGGCCGAGAGAGAUGCGGCAAGGAGAGCGACAGAGGCGGCAGAGAGAGCAACCGAGGCGGCUGAGAGAGCGGCGACGGACAGGCUGGAAGCCGCACUGGCGGAGAGGACGGCGAGGGCAGUCGAAGCCGAGGAAGACGCAGCGAGGCAACUGGAAAUCUUGCGAGAGAAGCUCAACGCCUCCGUCGCCGAAGUGGAAACCCUUGCGGCGGAGCUGCACGAGAGCCAGAAGGCGGUGGCCGAGAAGAACGACAUGUUGAGGGAGGCGAGAGAGGCUGCCGAUGAGGCUGCAAGAGACGCCGUAAGGCGAGCGACGGAAGCCGCGGAGAGAGCGACAGAGGCGGUCGAGAGAGCGGCGACGGACAGGCUGGACGCCGCGAUGGAGGAGAAGAUGGGACAGGAGCUCGAAGCCGAGGAGGAAGCCUCGCGGCAGCUGGGCGAGGCGUUGUCGCUGUCGGAAGAAGCGGUGGCAGGGAAGAAGACGGCGGAGGUGAAGCUGGCAGAGGCGGUAGAAGAGCUGGAAGGCGUGAAGGGAGACUUGGCAGAGUCGGAGGAGAAGAGAGCUGCCGCAGCGAGGGAGACGGAGGGGGUACGAGAACGGCUAGCAGCUGCCGGCGACGAAAAGGCGAGGGAGCUGCAGGAGCUCCACGAGCGGCUUGGCGCGGCGGUGGCAGAGAGGGCGGCGGUGGUGAAAGAACUGGAGGAUGUCCGGGAGCGACUUGCCGUUGCCGGUGAGGAGAGGGCAGCGGCGACCGCGAGGGAGUUGCAGGAGCUCAACGGUCAGCUUGACGCGGCGGUGGCAGAGAGGGCAGAGGCUGCAAAGGAGCUCGAGGAUGUCCGGGAGCGGCUCGCCGCAGCGGUGGAGGGAUCGCGAGAUGCCAACGAGCGCCUCACCGUUGCAAUGGCGGAAAAAGCGGCGGCGGUGUUGGUUUUGGAGAGGCUGGGAGUGCUGGAAGAGGAGAGGACGGCGGCGGCGAGGGAGUCGCAGGAUGCCGCCGGCGAACGGCUCGCCGCGGCCCGGGAGGCGGCAGCGUCGGCGCGAGAGUCACAAGAGGCGGCCUCGAGGGAGUCCGGGACGCUGAGGGAGUGCCUCGGUCGAGCUGAGGAGGGGCGGGCGGCGGCGGAGUCACUGGUCGCGGUCGCUAACGAGCGGGCGGAGGCGCUGGCGGCGACCCUUGAGGCGAUGGAGAAGCAGGCCCGGGCUCAGCAGAGCCUGAACGACCGAGUCUCCAACGAGGAGAGCGCCCUCCGGCUGGGUCUCGCCAACUCGGAGCAGAACGUCGAGGCCCUGACCUCGCGGGUGUCCGGCCUCCAGCGGACCGUCGAGUCCCAGUGCGCCGCCCUCCAGCGCUCCGAGGCCUACCUCUCGACCGGCCGCGAGGAAGCACGGACGUUGGCGGCAUCCCUGGACGCGGCGACCGCCCGGGGGGACGCCCUCGAGUCCGACCUCGCCGCCCUCCGCGCGCUCACGGGGGCCGCCACCGGGGAGUUGCGGGAGGAGGUGGCGUUGCUCCGGGCGCAGGUCGACGGGGCCGAGAGGACCGCGGCCGAGCUGAAGGCGGAGGCGGAGGCGGCGACCGCCGCGGCGGCGGCGGCCAGGGCAGCGGCCGACGAGGCGAGACAGCAGGAGACAGCGGAUGCGCUCUCUGUGCCUAGUCGCCGGGGUGCUGGUGCUGUCGAGCGCCUAGUUGACGGCAGCAGCAAUCCCGCUCGGACCGGGGAAGGCGACGGCAACGACGAGGACAUCUGCCUCUCGCGCCCCUCCGUCCACAACACCCGCCUGCGGUCCCUUGGCCUGGAGCUGGAGUCCGUCGGCCUUUUCGCGAGGGAGGCCGUGGCGUUCGCCGUGCGUGUCAGCGGCUGGGCCCACCCUUCUCCCCCCCCUACCGGAGGAAGGGACGGGGGCGGCGACGGCGACGAAGGCGAUGAAGCCGUGCUCGGAGGACGAGACGCCGGUGUCGGCAGAGCAGUUCUCCCGGAAGCGGAAGAGAGGGAGGAGGAGGGGUCGAAGGCCGACUUCGUGGGGGGAGGGGGAACGCAACACGAUGAUGAUGAUGAUGAUUAUGGUGAUGGUGAUGGUGAUGGUGAUGAGAUCGGCCGGAUGUUGGUGGUGGCCGGGCGGGCGGCCGCGGACGUGGAGUCCGUGCGUCGGGCGCUUGUCGUCGCCGAAGAGAAGAUGGUCGGCAUGCAGGCCGAGGUUGACGAGGCUGUCCAGGAGACAGACCGUCUUCGAGCGGAGAAUGCGGCGUUGGGAGAAUCCCUCUGCGAGGUUGCCGACGCCAUGUCCAAGAGCCUGCCGACGCGGGACCGGGUACCCUUGACGGAAACCGGUCCCGACAGCGUAUCCCCCGCCGCCACCAACUCUCCGCUAGAGACCCCCCACCACCGACUCCCCGGAGAAGAAGAAGAAGAAGAAGGAUUCGAGUCGGCGGGAGUCAGCAACGCUGCUGCCAUCGCGCGGGAAUCCCUGCCAGACGAUACGUCUACGACGGCGAAGACGGCGACGACGACCGCCGCUAGAGUGUCGGCGAACCUGGAGGCGGCUAGGGCCGACGCUCUCGCCCGAACGAACGCGUACCUGCGCGGUCUCCUCGACAACCUCGUCGUCGCCAAUGGCGGCGGCGACGGUGGCGGCGGAUUCUCCGCCGAACACAGCAACCCUGCCGCAACAAUACCGGAGCAAGAGGAGGAAGCAGGAGGGGGUUACGGCGGCGAUGGGGGAGCGGACGAGGGGGGUCACCUUCACGACUUCAACGGCUCGGUGGAGAACCCCCGCCGCCGCCGGGGAAACUCGCGGCGGUACUCCUCCCGCUUCGUUGGCGUGCAGCAGCAGCACGAAGCGGUGUCAGUUGCGCCGCUUCGUGGCGGGGACGGGGCGGAGGAGCGGUCCUCGCCUUCGCCUUCCUCUGGCCUCUCGCGGGCGUUACGCUCUCUGGUCGAUGCUCUCCAGGAGAGGGACGCCAGGGCUCAGCUGCUCGAGGACGAGGUGACCCGCGUGCGGCGGGGUGCGGUUGCCGCCGCCGAGGCUGCUUCGAUGAGAGCGGAGGUGGAGACCUUGAAAGCAUCCCUUGCGGCGACCGAAGCCGAACGCCUGGAGCUGGAAACCCUCUUGGAGGAUGCCUCACACGGGGCUGAAGCAGCUUCUCGAGACGCGAAGGCACAGGUGGAUGCGUUGAAGGCAGAGCUGGAAGCUUCCGGGAGAGAGGUGGCUGUCGCCAGCGAGGAGAGGCGCCAGAUCGAGGAGGCGUUCGCCGACGGGCAGGAAGGGUUGCUGGCUCUACGAGAGGCCCUUGGGCGUACCGGUGACGCAGCAAGGGGUCUGCUUGAGAGAGCGGAGGCGGUCACGGCGGACGCUGAAGCCGGAGAGGUGGAAACCCUCGAGGCCGAGCUUCGAUGCCUGGAACGCCGCGCUCCUCACAGCCGGAGAAGAGCACCAUCGACAGCCGCACACCACCGCCGCCGCUCCGCUUCCCCCCCCGGCCUCCCGCUGCCUGCUGGACGAGGACUACGCUCCGCGGUAGACCCUAGUUUCUCGUGGCCGCAACCGCGGAGCCCCUCCACGGACGGGCUCCGUGUUUCGUCUGUGGGUGGCGAAGAUUUCCGGUACAGCGGAAGUCGACGCUUGUGGGCUGUGCGCGGGGCGGGUGGCGCGCGGCAUGGGCAGGGCGACCUGGAUGUGGGUUCGGAUGGAGGAGGCCGGGGGGCGGGGGCGGCGGGGGUUGGGGCGGAGGCGGCGGCGAACGAGGCCGCAGCGGAGAUGGAAGAAGCGCUUCUCGACGUGGAGACGUUUGUUCUGCGACAGGGAAUCGCUAGGGCGGUGGACGUGAGACGCCGGGAGGCUGCGGAGUCCCGGCAAGAGGUUUCGGCUGCGGCGGAGGAGGAGGCGGAGGCGGAGGCGGAGGCGGCGACCGAACGAGCGCGGGAGGCUCGAUGGGAAGCUGAGAGGUCGUCGCUAGAGGCGCGCUUGGCCAAUCUGGAAGAGGAGGGGGCAAGCGUGAGGCGAGAAGCAGACGAGCAGGCGGCAGAAGUGGAGGCUCUCAAGAUUCAGCGAGAGAACCUCGUCCGGCGCGUGGCGUCGGCGGAAGCGGAAGCAGCGCUGGCCCGCGCGGUGGCUGAGCGCUCUUCCGCCUCCUCCCCCUCCUCCUCCGCCGCGCCCUCGCAACAACAACAGCAGCGGCAGCAAGGAAGCGGGGGCGAGGAUUCCAACGGCACCGCCGCCGUACCGCCGCCUUCCCCGUCUGCUCUCACCGCCGUCGCCGAUGCCGUCCCCUCCGACCACCACGCGGCCGCCCUCCUGGCCGCAACGCUCGCGGGCGCCCGGUCGGACCUGGGGUCGGCGCGCUCCGACCUGGGCCUCGCCCGCGAAGAGCUGGACGCCCUCCGGCAGCGGCUGUCGGAAGAGGAGGGCCACAGGCAAGAGCUGGAGCGACAGUUCCGUGUGGAACGGGAGCGGAGGGAAAGCGAGGCGGUGUCGGGGGCUAGGGCGGCGGCCGCGGCCGCGGCCGCGGGCAGGGACGAGGCGGAAGGCAGGCUCGACGUCGCCCAGCGGACAGUCACCGCCCUGGAGCAGAAGUCGGGUGGGCUCGAGCAAAAGCUCGGGUCACUGGAAGAAGAGGCCGCGGCCGCGCGGCGCGCUCUUGCGUUGGCGGAGCGUGAGCGGGAGAGGCUGCAGGGGCAGAGGAGGGGGCUAGGGGAGGAGCUAGCCUCGGAGCGGAGGGCGGUCGCGGCGGCAGAGAGGCGGGCGGACAGGCUGGAGGAGCGGCAGGGUGGACUGGAGAAGGAGCUGGAGGCGGCGGUGGUGCGGGCGAGGAGGGGGGAGGAGAGCGCGAGGGAGCUAGACGACCGCUUGCAGUUGGAGAGCCGGCGCAGACAGUCUGUGGACCGCGCGCUGCACGACGCGGAGGCCAAGCUCCGGGAGCUCAAUCGCCGAGACGAGACCACCGCCGCACCGGUCGACGAUCUCCGUCGCCUGGCGACAACAGCGGCUGCGGAGGAGAAUGACGCCGUUGUUGUGGAACUACGGGGACAGGUGUCGAGGGCCAGGGAGCGGGCGGAGAUCCUGGAGGAGCGCCUCGACGAGACGGCCAGGGUGAACCGCCGCCUGGAGAGGGAGGUGGCCGAGGCCGUGGAGCUAGGGGCCCGCGCGGAGGCCGAACUAGGAGCAGCUCUGGCGGGAGAGCGCCUGCGGCGGGACGGGGAGCUUACCGAGAUUAAGUCCGUGGUGGACGAGAUGAUGACCCUCGACCCUUCCGCGAGCGGAGGAGGAGUGGCCGGCAUCUCCGGAGAUCUGUUCAGCCCUCCCCGGGGCGGGCAGCGCGGCGGUGGCCUCGUCGUCGAUCGGAGGAGCAGCGGAAGGGGCAGCGGCGGUGCCGGGCACAGCGGCAACCUCGGGUACUACAACACCAGCUCCAGGACCCUGAGGGCAGAGGAAAGGUCGGCGAACGACACGGCAGCUUUUCCGUACCCCGGAGUCGUGGUCGAACCGGGGUGGAGGUCUGCCCUGACCACCACCACCAACGACGGCGCCGUGGCGGCGGCUACCGCCCGGCUGGCCGAGGCCUGGUCCCUCCUCGAGUCGUCGGAGGCUGCGAGGAGGCGUCUCUCCGAGGAAGUCAAGGCGUGGGCGAUCAGGACGGCUGGCCUGGAGGAGGCCCUCGCGGCAGCGGAGGCCACCGCGGAGGCGAGGGCGAGGGAGGCCAGGCUGCUGGCGGCUGGCUUGCAGGACGCGAGGGACGGGCUGGCCGUCGAGGAGGAAGCCCGCAGGGAGGCCGAGGGCCGCGCCGACGCGUUGAGGAACAUGCUUCAGGCGGGAGGCGGGAGCGGAGGUGGCGUGUCCCCCGCCGGUGGCGGCGGUGGCGGUGACGUUGCGAGGAACUUGGCUGGGCAGGUGAAGGCGUUGCGAUCUCGGGUGGAAGAGCUGCUGGAAAGAGCUAGGGACGCCGAGGUGCGCGAGGUACUCGAGAAGCGAGGACGCAAGGCCGCUCAGCGCGCCCUCCGGGAGCUAACCUCCGGCAACGGCAACCACGACAGCAGCGUUCACACCAGCGGCAUGGCCGCCGCCGCCGCCGCCGACACCACCACCAGCACCACCGCCUCCAGCCGUGGCCUCGGGGGCGGCGGCGGAAAGAGACGAGCGUUAAACCACCCGUACCGCAACAGCGCCUCCACGGCAGCUUCUUCUCGACGAACUCCUUUGGGAGGCGUGUCGGCCAACGAUGCCGUUGCCCCGGCUAGGUUCGCCGGCGGCGGCGCGGGAGUAGCGGGGUUGGCGAGCUCCGGGGGCGGUGAUGAUGCCGGGCGAGGGGCUAGAGCAGUAGCGGACCCCGGGCCCGGUGACCAGGGGGGAGACGGGGAAGGGGAUGCGGUUUGGUUGAGAGAGGCGGAGGCGCUGCUUUCCCAGGGACACCAGGAUUUGGGGUUUUAGCGAGUGUAAGUGUAAGCAAGUGCGGUAGUUGAUUUAUGAUAGGCAAUGGGCCUUAGGCAAUGCAGCUUGCCUCGGGCAACCGUUCUGGUCCUUAAGAGAUAUUCGGUGUCCUUUUCACGACGGUGUAGAGAGAGCGCAGACGAGAGUGUCUUACAUAAUCAUGAUUGUACUGGUAUUUGGUUUAGGAUGUGCACCGUUGUGGGGAGCGGGUAUUAGGACGACCUCAGGAUUGUGUUCGUUGUAUGGAUAACAAGUUUGGGAGCAGUGGCGUGGGGGGUGGAAACGUGUAUAUUGGCCAAGUCAAGUGGCAAGGGAUGUAGACAAGGUGUAUGCAUGUCAAGUAGCGAAGCGAUUCAUGUUCAUGAGAAAAGCAUUCUAGCCGCCAGCUAGGUGGGGACGAGAG